AUGAGCCCGCCAGAAAGAAGAACAAGAAGUAAAAUCAAUGAAGAAAUUCAUGAAGUCAUUGAAGUUGAUGAUGAUACUGAAGAUGAAGAGGAAGCUCCGUUGCAGUUGACAAAGGAUAGUUUUGAACAAGGUUCACCAGCUGGUAAGAUUGAUAUAAAGUCUAUUCUAUCUAGUAAUGAUGUUAAAGAGAAGGAAAAGGAAAAAGAAAAGGAUGAUAAGAAGAAAGAGGAAGUCAAAGAAGAGAAAAAAGAAGAGAAGAAAGAUGAAAAGAAGGAUGGAAAGAAAGAUGACAAAAAAGAUGAAGUUCAAGAUGGUAAAAGACUUGAUAGUCUGUAUACCGCACCAGCUAAAAGAGGUAGAAAACCUAGACAAGUUCAAAAGAAAGAUGAAGAAUCCGAUAAGGAUAAAGAAAAAGAGGUUAAACCUAAAAGAACUAGAGUGGCAAGAAAGAAAGUGGAACCAAAGAAAGAGGAGGAUAAAAAGAUCGAACAAAAUGCUGAUCAAAAUAAGGAUAAAGGUGAUAAUCAAAAGAAUAAUGAUCCAAAACAACAAGUAUCUCAAAAUACCAAUAAAGAUGAUAAACCUGAUAAAAAAGAAGAUCCUUUACCAGCUUCAACACCUAUUAAACAAGAUAAACCUAUUGAACAACCUACUACAACUCCGAAUGGGACUAAAAUUUCAACAAGCAGUAUAAUAUCAUCAACAACAAAUCCUCAGAAUCCUCAAAUCAGUAAUCCAUCAACACCAAGCUUAAAUAUCCCUGUACUUCAAUCACAAUCUUCAUUCACACCAAGUUCAAAUCCAAAUCCAAAUUCAAGUUCUAAACCAAUAAAACCAAAUGAUAUUAAAAAUUUAAUGAAUAAUGAUGAUACAAAUCCAUCAAAUACACCUUUGCAAUUUCAUCAUCAAACUUUCCCACCACCACCACCAAUUCUAGAACCAAAACCACAAUUAUUACCAUCAAUGUUAAAUCAAAAUGAAGGACAAAUAACGUUUGAUAUUAAAACAGGACAACAACAACAACCAAAAGAAACAAAAUCUAAACCUAAACAAACUAAGAAAUCUGAUACUACAAAAACUAAACCAGUUAAAAAUGGAACAAAUAAUAACACAAAUACUACUACUACUAAUAAUAAUAAAAAGAAGAAUGAUUCUAAAAAAACUGAAGUUACACCAAUACCAUUAACUCAAGAUCAAAUAUUAAAUCAAAAUUUAAUUAAACCAAAUCCAAAAUUAAAUGAAUCAUUAGCAUCACCAAAAAUCAUUGAAAUUUCUAAAAAUUCAACAAAAUCAAAUCCAUCAAGUCCAUCAACAAAUAAAGAUAAAGAUGAAAAAUUAUCAUCAAGAUCUCCAAUCCAACCAGAUUCCUCCAAAAAUGAACCACCAAUAAUUGCACUUCAUGUUCCUUUAAAACCAACAAAACCAUCAGAAACUCAAGAAACAGGUGCAACUCAAGUUGUUUUCAAUAUUUUAAAAAUGGCUGAAGAUAAAUAUGGAUAUAGAAAUUUACAUCCAGAAUUAACAAAAUUUCAAUUAGAUUUAUUACAAGAUGAUGAUAUAGAUGAUGAUAUGGAUGAUGAUGAAGAUGAAGAAGAAUUAGUACCCCAACAACAGGCACCUCAAGCCCCACAAGCUCCACAAGUCCCUGUAGAUGGACGUAAAUUACAAAAAGGUAAACCUAAGAUUGGACAAUAUGAUAAAGAAGAUCCUUUUAUUGAUGAUAGUGAAAUGAUUUGGGAAGAACAAAGAGCUUCAACAAAAGAUGGAUUUUUUGUUUUUUAUGGUCCAUUAAUUGAAGAUGGUAAAAAUGCAAAAAUUGAAAAAGCUGAUGGUACAAUUAAAAGAAGUAGGAAAAGAGUUGCUGGUACUACAAAUUUACAAAAUCAAAAUCAAGGUCAAGUUAAGAAAAGAAAUGUUGGUGGGAAUAGUAAUAAUAAUAAUAAUAAUACAAGUGGGAGUGGAAGUGGUAAUACUCAAGGAAAUGGGAAAAGUACUACACCAAAAUUAGUUCCCAUUGCACCUGCAGCUCAAGGUAAUAUUGAUAUAGCACCAAAAGUUUAA